AUGUUUGAACGGUUGUUGACGGUGCUGCUGCAGCGGCUGCUGCGGACUGUUGGCUUCGAGGCAUCUCUUCUGUCUGUUAGUUUAAAUAGGGGCUUGCUGCUGAAGGGUUUAGCAUGCAGCAGCCGCAGCAUCUCCUCUGCUUUGCUGCUGCACUCUCUCCUUGUAGGGGAGAUACACCUCAAGGCCUCAUGGAAGCAGCUGCUGCAGCAGCUGCUGCUGCAGCAGCAGGGCUGCAUCGAGGUGUAUGUACACCGCGUGUACGCUCUAGUAUCAACACAGAGGGAGCCCGCCAGCGAAGGACUUAAAGCGCAGCAGCAGCAGCAACAGCAGAAGCAAAAGCAGCAGCAGCAGCGUUUGAUGACACGGCUGCAGCGGGUCUUCUUCUCUCCUGUAUGGCGAGCCUUAAGAGAUAUCCUCAGCAACGGCCGCCACUCUCCCAGCAGCAGCAACAACAGCAGCAGCAGCUGCAGCGGGGAAGUGGGGGAUGGUGGCUUUCAGCAGCAGCUGCUGCGGCGUCUGCUGCUGCUGCUCAGCAGCAGAGUGUCUUUGCACAUCGAAGAUGUACACCUGCGGCUGGAGGACCCGCUGGCUCGGGCCCACUUUGCUGCUGCUGCUGCAGGCACUGCUGCAGGUGAACCCUGGGUAGAGCAGCAGCAGCAGCAGCAGCAGCCCUUGCUGCAGGAGGGAUGGAGGCGGGGGAGAAGAGACAUGCGAUCGUUUUCUCCAUGCACAGACCUCCGUCCCUUGCAGUGCGGCUUUGUUGCUGCUGCUAUCUCUCUCACACCUGGAGCAGCAACAACGGAAGCAACAGCAGCAACAGCAGCAGCUGCAUCAAUGGCAACACAAGAACAGGAACAAGAAGCACCACGACCACCAACAGCUGCAGCAGCAACAGCAGCAACUGCGGCAACUGGCAGGGCCCGGCGUUCUUCAGCUCCUUCUUCCUUUGUUGUUAUUGAUGAGGAAAUAAUAAAUUAUAAAAAACAACUUCUUACCUCAAUGGGUUGCACGUACACCCCAGAGAGGGGAAGCAUUAAGAGGCGCCCCUCUCUGCCUGCUGUCCCUCUUGAUACAAGCGCAAACAGAAUGACAGCAGCAGCAGGAACAGGACCAGCAGGAGCAGCCGCAGCAGUAGAUGAAGAUGCAGAUGCAGGAAGCGGUCAACACGCUGUGCGGCAGGCAGCAAGUAUUGCGGAGACAUCAGCAACUGCAGCAGCGGCAUCAGCGGAAGCUGCAUCUGCAGCGGGAGCGGCACCAAGAGAAACAGCAGAAACUGCAGCAGCUGCCGCAGCAACAGCAGCAGGAGCAGCAGACGCUGCUUCCUUGUGGCCGUGCAGUGAAUAUGGAGGAGAAUUAUCUAUGGGCGGCGAAGCAGUAGACUGUGGGGAGGUGUGGGGCCGUAUGGAGGCCAAAGGAGACGCGGAAGCAGCACUUGCAGCAGCAGCUGCAGCAACAGCAGCAGCUGCUGCUGCAGCUGCAGCGACAGCAGAAGGAAUAAAGGGAGUUAGCGGCUUACGUUUGUUAGGCGUGUCUUCUUAUUGGAGGAGUGGUUGUUGGGAGUUGACCUCUAGGCAGCAACUCAAUCCCUUGUCACAUGCAUUUGCUGCUGCCUUCCAGCAGCAGCGGCAGCAGCAGGAGCAGCAGCACGAGCAGCAGGAGCAGCAGCAGGAGCAGCAGGAGCAACAAGGUUAUAUUUGCAAGCCUUUCUGUCUCCUUUUGUCCCUAAACUGGGCGAUCGACAGCAAGGAAAAAGGAGACACUUCUGUUGCUUGCUGCAGCGACUUGAUGCUACAGUCGACAGCAGCAGCAAACCAAUAUGGCUCCGCACCCACAGGAACCGACCAGCGAGGACAGGCAGCAGUAGCUGCAGCAGCAGAUCCAGCAGCAACUGUAGCAGCAACUGCAGCAGCCGCAGCAGCAGCUGCUGCUGCCGCUGCUGCCGCGACACCUGCACCGGAAGAAGACCAGCAGCAGAUCCCGAAUGCGGUGCUAAAAGGCGGGGCUCGGAGACGGCAGCAGCAGCCGCAGCAUCAUCACGAAGACGAGGGUGAGGUGGAGGAGGAAGAGCAGCAGCAGCAGCGGCUGCAGCAGCUUCACACGCUGUCUGUGGCAGUGGCUGCUGAGGUGUCUCCUGUGCAGCUGCACGUCAAAGAGGAGCAGCUGCUGGAGGCUGCAGCUCUCUUGUGCUGGGUGACAAAGAUUCAUCGGAGACACAAGCAGCAGCAGCAGCAACUUCAGCAGCAGCAACUUCAGCAGCAGCAACUGCAACAGCAGCAACAAAAGCAGCAACAGCAGCAGACACAGGCAGGUGCGGAGAUAGACUUUUCAAGGGCAGCGCUUCCCGCAGAAGCAGCAGCAACACCGUCAGCAGGAGCAGGAGCAGCAGCAGCAGGAUCAGCCGAUUUGCCGCCGCGCCCCUCAUGGCUACCGCCUCCCCUCCGCCCUUCAUCAGCAACUGCGAGCAGCAGCAGCACCAACAGCAGCAGCAGAAGCAGCAGAAGCAGCAGCGAGAUUGGGCUGCUGCGCGUACGAGAGAGUGGUUUUGCUGCUGAGCCCGCAUGCAUGCAAUCUGCUGCUUGCUGCCGCGCAUGGGUGUCCCCUGUCUCCUUUGUUGCUGUAUCUUUGUCGUCUGCUGCAUUUCGUGUCUCCGCCCCACAGAUUGAGGUGUAUGUACAGUCACGUGACAGCAGCGCGGAUAUCGUACUGUCUCUCCACACUAGCAGCAUGUCCCUCACGGCCCGUUGCCCUGCAGCUGGAGCAGCUAUUCCUCCUGCUGAUGCUGAUGCAGCGGCAACAGCAGCAGAUGCUACUUCAUCUGCUGCUGCUGGGCUUGUUAGUGGUCUGCUGCUCUCUGAUAUCUCCGUUGCUGUGAAAUCAUUCCGUCUUGCUGGCAGUGGUGCUGGAUGCUUCCUUCUCACCUGCGGGCCCCACACUCAGCUCAGCAGCAGCAGCAACAGCAGCAGCAGCACCAGCAAACGUUGCAGAGAGGGGACAGGAUCCGAUGUAGUGGAAGGAGGAGACAGCGCUGGAACAGUGCGUGAUUGCUCUAUCCCCGGUUUUUAUUCUGAUACUGCUUGUCCUGCUUCUGCUUCUGCUGCUGCUGCUGCUACUGAGGAUUCUUUUGCUGCCGCUCAAGUGCCUCCGCUGCCAGCAGAUGCUCUCUCCUGCCUGUCUGCUCGCACCACCCCACAGGCUAAGCAGCAGCAAGGUGAAUACAUGCCUGCGGUGUACAUACACCUCAAGAGAGGAGAUUGCGGCGAAACAAUAACUUAUGGCUGGUUCCAGCCAGCAGCAGAACCAUCCUUAGCAACGAAACAGCAGCAGCAGCAGCAUCAGAAAAAGGCUCAGCAUGAUCAUCAUCAGCAGCAGCUGCAAGUUGGGGACAGUUGUUUGUUUUUGUGUCUCCGCAUAGCGCCAGUGACUAUAUCUGGCAGUGCGCCCUUCCUUGCUGCUGCUGCAACUCGAGUAGUAGCAAUAAGGGAUGCGGCAGUUCAAUUGAGGAGCCGUGGGGUCCCUGAGAUGUCUGGCUCCGAUCCCGCGCAUGUUCUAAAGGGGGAGAAAGCCUUGCUGCAGCAGGAGCAGAAGGGACAGCCGGAGCAGCAGCAACAGCAGCACCACGGAAAACAGCAGGUGCGGGUGUCUGCUGCCUUAGAAGGAUUGACGUUUCUUAUUUCUGCUGCUCAUUCUCUAAACAUGGGGCAGCAGCAUUGUGCCGCUGCUUGUGCUGCAGCUGCUGCACUUGGGUCUGCUGCAGCCAGCAGCAACAACAACAGCAGCAGCCGCAGACGGCACAAGGGUAGAGUACGGGACUCCACCCGUAGUAGGUCUCUAGAACCCGAGGGGACCUCCCUUGAGUUGUGUGGGGGAUCGCUUUGGCUUGAAUGUGGACACACGCAAGUGCUGUUGGCUCCUCGGUCUCAGCAGCCCCAGCGCUGCUGUUGCAGCUGCUGCACAGAGGACAGCAGCAGCAGCAACAGCAGCAGCAACAGCAGCAACGCCAAAAUCUGCUGCUGCAGAGCGCUUUUGGAAGGGUGUGGGGACACCACUUUGUCCGUUUCUUUGACGUGUCUAAAGCUGUCCACUCAACCAAUCUACAGCAACGGCCGCAGCAGCAGGAGCAGCAGAAACAGCGGCAGCAACAGCAACAGCAACACCAACAGCGACAACAGCGGCAGCAGCAGCCAUCUUCCCAAAGCUGGAGGUUGGCUACCCGUGCUGUUGCCUGUGUCCUGUUACUCUGUGGCCUCACUAGUUCGAAAACUCUCAGCAGCAGAGGGGGCACGUACAGACGCAGCAGCAGCAGCAGCAGAAGGAUCGCUAACGAGAAGAAGGACAGGGCCAUCAGGCCUGGAGGAGGAGCGGUUAUCUGUCUCUCUUUUAGUUGCCUUCGAUCCCUUUGCUGUUUCCAUCAAUCCUGCAGUUAUCUCGUCUCUCUCUGCCUUCGUUGCUGCCUCCCGUAACUGUGCGAUGCUCCAGCAGCAACAGCAGGAGCAGCAAAAGCAGGAGGAGCAGCAGGAGCGUCGGGGAGACAGCGGGAUGUCGCACGGGGAAGGGGGGACUGUCCCCUCUUGUGUCUGUUACUCAGCUGUUUGCUCAAUGGAAGAGACAGCAAAGAGAAAUGAAUCUGCUGCAGCACAUACCCAAGCAGCACCAGCAGGACAGGAGACGGCUGCCUGCAGCAGCAGCCGUAGCAGCAGCCGCAGCAGCAGCAGCCGCAGUAACAACAAGAACAGCAGCAACAGCAGCUUCACCUGCAGCAGCAGCAGCAGCAAUGAGUGCUUCUUUGACGCCUUUGAUCCAAGGGAGUGGGGAUUAAGUAGAGAGACAGAAUCGGAUUUGCUGCCGGAUUCUGCUGCAGCAGCAGACUUACAAUUGAGGCCUAAGCAGCAAAAACCGAAGUUUCUGCUGCUGCCAUUUGGCGCAUGCGAAUUGGAGACGCGCUUGCUGCUGCAACAGAUUUGCUGCGUCGUGUGUUAUGCUCCACAGCAGCAACAACAGCAGACACGGCAGCAGGAGCAGCAGAAGGAGCAGCAGGACAAGGAGGAGCAAACGGAGGCCCCUAUGGCCUCUGGUGUUUUAUCUUCUUUAUCGCGUUCUCCUUCUUUUGUCUAUUCUUAUUGCAUGUCUCCUUCUUCCCUGUCUCCUCUCCCUCUGUCUCCUUUGCUGCUGCGCGCUGAACAUGCUGCUGCCUGCCGACCUCCUCGAGGCCCCCCCGUUGCCUUCAGCUACGCCUUUGACUUACGACACACCAGCGCCAACAUCAUAGUCACAAACAAACAGCAGCAGCAGCAGCAACAACAACAACAAGAACAACAACUGGACACGGAGGAGAGGGGUUCGGAGAGGAGUUUGUCGAUGGCUGCAACUGUCUCCUUUUCUGCACUUUCAGCUUGGGAGGCAGAGUGCCCGGAGCGGCAGAAGCGGAAACGGCAGCAGCAGCUUGCUGCACUUGUAACUGUCGAUGUGGACACUCUACGCGACCCCCAGGAGCAGAAGGGAGCCGUAAAAGGUGGGCUGCAGCAUGCUGCUGCUGGGGAUAACAUUAACAGCAGCAGCAUCUGUGGUGCCACAGAGCGCAGACGUGUCGCUGUUAGACUUCAGUCGGUGUACUUGCAGGCCGGCGAUAUCUCGCUGGCACGUCUACAGCUGCUUGUUGCCAGUCUUCGGCUGGGAGCAGCAGCAGGUCAAGCAGCAGCAGCAGCAAGUGCUGCUGCUGGUGGGGGAGUCUUGCAGAAAGGGGAGCUGCAGCAGAGAUUUGUGCUGCAGCAAUUUGAGACUGACGUCUUCGUGGGCAGCCUGAGCUGCUUGCUGCAGCAGCAGCCACCGCCAUCUCUUUACAACAGCAAAGCGUUUGCCGCUGCUACUGCUGCUGCGAUGCAGUGGACAGCCUUCGGCCCUGCGCUGCAGCCUUCGUUUUCUCUGUUUUCCCUUCCUUCUGAAACCUUUAGCCUGCUGCUAGGAGAUGCGCCAUCCCCUCUCCCCUCAAUGGGACUGCAGCAGCAGGAGCAGCACCAGGAGCAGCAUCAGGAGCAGCAGCUGCUAGCCCGGCCCAUCGCUACUGCUGUCGCUGAAGGUGUUGCCCUCCAGUUUGCUGCAUCUUCAGCAAAUAGGGCUUCGCCCCCGUGGCAACUCACGUCAGCAGCAGCAAGAGCAGCAACAGCAGCAACAGCAACAGCAAGAGCAGCAGCAGCGAGGGAAUCAACGGAGGUAGUCCAUAUGCUGUUGGGAGUCGAGUCUCUCCAUGUCGAGGAUUGCCUAGCCCUCAGUAAGGUUCCGCAGCCCUCUCCUAGUUGGCUUUCGCAGCAAGAGGAGGAGCAGCAUCGGGAGAAGCAGCGGCAACAGCGUGGAGCCAGCCGCAGCAGCAGCAGACACCACAGACGGGGCAGGCGACGCCACUCAUCAGCAGCAUCAGCAGCAGCAACAGCAACAACAGCACCAACAGCAGCUGUUACUACAGAAGUUUUAGCGAUACCUCCCUGCAGGCCCCCUGGCCGCUUCUCGCUGCUGCUCCAGCUGCUGUCUGCGGAGCAGCAGCAGCAAGUGGGCGGGGUACCACAGGACAACCCUUUUCAAAAUUGGACAAGGGGUGGACACAGCCAUACAGCAGCAGCAGCAGCAGCAGGAGCACCAGGAGUAGCAGCAGCAGCAGAUCACGAAGUGGCGCUGGGCUUGUCUGUCGAGGCCCCGCGUCUGCAGCUUUGUGCUGCAUUGGUUGCGCAUGCAGGUGCGUGGCUCUUGAAGGUGUCUUCGGAAGCUGCUGAAAUACGGCGGUGUCUCAUAGCGCUUGCUAGUAGCCUUAGUCUAGAAGCUGUGGAGACGAGGGGCCAUGGCAACAGCAGGAGCAGGAACAAGAAGAUCAACACGGCUUCUGUUGCUCUUCCUGAUGCUGCUGCUCUUCCGUCGCGGCGGCAGCCUGCAGGUAACUACGAGGCUGCAGCGGAGGGGAGGAAACCCUGUAGCUGUGCUGUAGAACCUGACGGUGCAGCUGCUGCUGCAACGAGAGCAGCAACACGCGCCGCAGCAGGAACAGGUGCCGAGGAUCAACUGCAUGCAGAUGCGUUGGUUUCAAGUUCUUCUUCUUCACCAUCUCCCACACCAACACCAGGAGCAACGUCUAAUGCUGCGGCUGCAGCAGAGACUGCUGCUGCUGCUGCUGGGGGUCGGCCUGUGUCUAUGGGGAGACUCUGCCGUUGGUUUGGGGUGUCUUUAGUUCUGCGAAGUGUCUCUGCAGCAGAUUGUGCUGUCUCUAUAUCUCCUGAUGGAUCUUUGUGGCUAACGGUGCAGCUGCCGUCUUUCUCCCUAACCCUCAACACGCAGCAGCAGCAGCAGCAGCAGCAGCAUCUGGAGGCUGCGCAGCAGCACGACUACUCACCGCAGCAUCAGCAGCAGCAGUUGCAGCAUGGGGGUCGAGGAGUUAUUCCAUGGGGUAUGAUGUGUGGGGCGCAUGCAGCGGGUGUAUUUAAUUCUUUUUCUGUAUAUCUUGGGUGUCUCCCUUCUCCUUCUGGAUGUCUGCUUAAUCCGUCCCCUCCUCUCCCUCUUCUAUCAGGGGGUCUCGUUCGUCUGUCUCUCCCACUGCGUCUCCUUAGUCCUGCAGAUGCAGAGGGGUCUCUUCGCCUCCAAAUCCUCCCUAGCCCGCAGCAAAACAGCAACCACCAGCAGCAGCAGCAGCAGUUGCUGUUGCAACAGCAGCGCCAGCAGAUAGGGGAAGGCGAGAAAGCAUUUGAAGGGGGACUCCGUGUAUGCUUAGAUGGCUCUCGUCUUCGUAUGUUAGGGCGGUGGGGCUGUGGUUGCUGCUUAGCAUUAACGGAAACAGCUCGUGCUCUUCAGGGGGGUGCAUCAGUUGCUAGAGACCCUUCAUCAGCAGCAGCAGGAGCUGCAGCAAGAGCAGCAGCAGCGCCUUCAUUGACCUCCAGGGGACCCCGUAAACUCAUAUCAGGCCUCAGACGAUUGCUGCGGUCUGCGCAGCUCUGCGCACUUCAGCUGUAUGUACACCGUGUUAUCCUUCUCCUUGCACCAGGAGAAGACCUCAGCAACAGUAGCAGCAACACCCGCACCUGCUCCUGCUGCGGUAGGCAGGACGCCACGCCAGAGGCAGGCUGGGUUGCUGCAGCAGCAGCAGCAGCUUCCUUUAACCUGCAGCUGACAGACGACGGACUCCUUCGCUCAGCUAGGGCCUCAGUCCAAAGCCCCCGAGUCUUUGUUGCAGCUAACCAGCAACAGCAGCAGCAACAGCAACAGCAACAUCAUGACGGGGAACCAGACCAACGCCGGCGAUGCAGACACACCCAAGCGGCUGGUGCCUACUACACCAACACCAACUGCAGCAGCAGCAGCAGGCUGGUGCUCUAUCAAGCUGUUUGUGGGUCUGCAGGGCCUCCGUCUGCAUCUGAGGUGUCUCUGCUGCUGCCGGAAGGGACGUUAGGGUUUGGCUGCGUAUGGCGGAGACAUUUGUCUCCUAGCUCAGUAGCAGCAGGUAUUCCUUUAGAGAAUGCACUAUCUGCAGCAGCAAGCAGCGUGCAGUCUCCCACUGCUGCUGCUUCUGCUGCACCUAAAGAUGUAUGGCACUACAAUGCUUCGCAGCAGCAGCAUCAGCAGCAAGGGGAUUUAACAGCUAUGUUUGAGGGCGGCGAGGAAGAAGAGGACUUUGGUCCUGCAGAGGCAUGGCAACUGGAGGUGGUGCAGCGGCACCAGCAGCAGCCAACAGCAGCCGCAGCCGGUGGAGCAGCAGCGCCUUCAUCAGCAGCAGUUGGAGCAGCAGGAGGAAUGGGUAGCGGGUUGCCUUCCCAGCAGCAGCAUCAGCAGCAGCAGCCGGUGCAGCUGCAACCACAGCAGCAGUCAUUGCAGUGUCUCGUGGUGGUCCCGGAGGUCCAUAUGCUGCUGCUACCUGCAGCAGCAGCAGCAAAAGUACGCAAGUUGCUGCUAGAUAUAUGGGUAGCAAUUAAAGAGAUACAACAAUCUGUUGCUGAGGUAAGGAGGUGUCUCUUCCGUUUCCCUCACGAGUCUCUGUCUUCAUGGGCCUCUGCUUCCUUUUGUUCCUUUGAGAGGUCCUUUACAGAAGGGACACUUGGAGCAGCAGCGGCAGCUGCUGCUGUUGCUGCUGCCUCUGCUGCUGUGCCAACUGCUGCUGAUAAUCAGCCUGCUGUAGCGGCAGCUGCAGGGGUCAUGGAAGCGGAUAGCGACCUGUACAGCCCAUCGGCUUCUUUUGAUGAGCUGCGCAGCGAAUGCUGCGCAACAGCUGCAGCGGCAGCUGCGGCGGCGGCAGCAGGAGAACUGCCUGCUUCUUCCUCAGGAGACAUUAGUUAUUCUUGUAGUGGAGAGACAAAUCCACAGCGCAGCGGUCAGCUGCUAGAUGGAGGGGAGGCAAGUGCUUCUCUUAUUGACGCAGCAGCAGCAACUGCGCAACAGGAGCAGCAAACUGAUAGCUUGUGGCUACCCAUUGGAGGGUCGGCAGCUGCAGCAGCAACGGCUGCCGCUGCUGCUCAUGAAGGGCAGCAACGAACUGCGGUGACAGCGCACUUUAAGGUGCAUGUCCUCUCCUUAUGGUGGGUUGGCCCUCUACCAGAGGAGGGCCUCCGUCAUGGGGGGAAGUAUCCUAGGGGCCCCCGCUGCAACUGCAACAGCAUCAGCAGUAGCAGUAGCAGCAGCAGCAGGUGGGGAGCGGGGUACAGGAACCCGCUGGCCUCUGCUGGAGGACCAGGUGCAGCGUCUGCUGCAGCAGUGGUGUCAGCAACGAUUGGAGAUCGUGGGGAUCGGGGGGAUCGUAUCCUCCACAAUGACGGCUUUGCUACCAGGUCCCCCCGCAGGGCCCCCCUGUCUCCUUUGUGGGUAUGUCCCCAUACACUGCAAUGCAGCACUGCUGCUCUCUCCUGUGAGCUCGAUGCAAAAAUAAUUACUGAAGACCUCUUCUUUCCUGCUGCUGCUACAGCAGCAGCAGAAACAGAAACAGAUGCAGCAGACAUCGCAGAGACAGACAGCGGCUCUCCUCGGCCACGGAGAGACACACACAGAGAGACACGCGGGAGGAUUCCAGCAGCAACACCGUGCAGUACCAGCAGAAGCAGCAGCUGCAGCAGCAGAAGCAGCAGCAGCAUCGAAAGCGAUAGCGACGCAGCAGGCAGCAGCGACGACAGCAGCUACAGCAGCAGUUCCAGCAAAAGUGUGGGCACAGGCACAAGCUACACUACCUCGAGCAGCAGAAGCAGCAGCCGUACUAGCAGUAGGAGCAGCCGUUUUGGCAGCAGCCGCGGGAGCAGCAGCAGCAGCAGCAGCAGCAGCAUGAGGACAGCUCUGUGGCUGGAGAGGCAAGCUGAGCGGUGGCUGCCUGCUCUUCGUAUGGAGGCGGAGAUGCAGCGCUGCGUCUUCCUUGGAGGAUCUCUGUCUCUUCCUCCUUCUCCCGUCGUUCUUAUGUCGUCUGCAGCAGCAGCAGCAGCAGGAACAGCAACAACAGCAACAACACCAACAGAGACAGGGACUGUUUUUGUUGUCUGCUUGCCCACCUCCACCUCUUUGCGGCAGUCGAGGCUCUCUCGCUAUUUUCCUACGCAGCGCUAUUGUCUUAUGAGGCAUAUACCCAACUCGCAGCAGCAGCAGCAGCAGCAGCAGCAGGACGAACAGCAGCAGCAGCAGCUACACGAGCAACAGCAGCGGGCGCCGCAUGACAUGCCGCCUUCCGUAGCAACGGCGGUGCUGCCCAACGUGUGGGGGUCGGGCAACCCCUUGCAGUCUACGUACACUGCACCAGUAGCAGCAGCAACAGCAGCAGCAACAGCAGCAGCGAAAACGCCUUGGUCGUUCUUCGCGGAGCAGCAACAGCAGCAACAGCAGCAACAGGAACAGCAGCAGCAAAUUAGCACAUGUGUGCUGCUGCUGCUGGCUGACCUGUCUGUACACCCGCUGGUAGAGUCUCCAUUUACCUUCUCUGUAGUGUUGACAUCGCGCCGCAAGGGGUUGCCAGAGCAGCAGCAGCAGCUGCUGCAGCAGCAGUUGCUGCAGCAGCAGCUGCUGCUGCAGCGACACUGCGAGUGUCGCAUAGAGGCAUUUAUUUCUCCGUUGCUUCUGCUGCUGACAGCCAGCGACUCCUCCGCGCUGCUGGCAGUGGCCCGCAGCUAUUCAGCAGCAUCAGCAGCAGCAGCAAGAGCUGCAGCAACUGCAGCAGCCUCUGCUGCUGGUCCUGUCCGGUGCAGCUGCAAGAGACCAGGGCUUUCGCGACGGGCCCGCAACAGCGACUCCUUUCGCCGACGUCGCACAGCAGCAGCAGCAGCAGCAGAGACAGCCGAAGCAGCAGGAGAAGGUGGCGGUGCUGGUGACGAUGUAAGUGUAGGUAGUAGUACUGCAGCAGCAGCAAAGAAACCAUCAUCAGCAGCAUCAGCGACAUCAUCGGCAUCAGCAGCAUCAGCAGAUUCUGCUGCUGCAGCUGCGGCAGCAGCUGCUGCUGCUGCAGCUGCUUGUUCUGGUUCUGAGGCCCCACAGUCAGCAUCCCAUUGGAGUUAUGCCCCUCCCCCUAACAUAAGAGACAAUAAAAUGUCUCUUAAUUAUAUACCUAAGAGUUGUGUUGCAUGGAAGGUUUCUAUUGAGGCAGACGCACUGCAGCUAACAGCAGCAGCAGAGCAGCAAAUGCUGCUCUUCAUGCAGCUCUGCUGCAGCGAUGUAGCAGCACAAGCACUAAGGUCAUCAGCAGACACGGCAGACACAGUACUAUCAAUGCAAGCCAAACAGGUGUCCAUCCAGGUAUCGGGGAUUGCCGAGGAUGCCAUUUUGGGUAGCUGCGUGUUGCAGCAGCAGCAGCAGCAGCAGCAGAUAUCGGGGCGUUGGUUGUACCACCACUCGAACCAGCAGCAGCACCAGCAGCAGCAGCAGCAAGGGGGCUUGCUGCCUCUACUGUCGCCAGUGUCUGUUGCUGCUGCAGCAUAUCCAUGCCGCAUGCCUUCCCCUUCCCUUAAUAUACGCAUUGACGGCUCAGUUGAGUUACUGGCGGAUCCCCGUCAUAUAGGUGCCCUCAGCUGUCUCUCCACCCAGUUUGCUGCUGCCUUGAAGGCAGCAGCAGCUGCAAACAGCAGCAGCAGCAGAGGCUGCGACGUAUUGUAUGUGCGCCCCUUCUUAUCAGCAGAAGCUCUAAGAGUCCUCUUUGCGAUGUCACCAUACACCCCGCAGCUGCCUAUACACCCCACGCAGCACCGCGCCUUCUCUCUGUCCCCUCAUCUCUCUAGCUGGGCUGCCGCCUACAGGGGCACGUUCGCUCCUGCAGCAGCAGCUGCUGCUGCUGCUGCAGCAGCAGAGGCGGCAGAAGCUCUCCGACAGCAGCAGCAACAGCAGCAGCAGCAACAACAAUGGUUUAGGCGGUAUCUGCAUGCAGGAGGCUUCGAGGAGCAGCACAUUGACAGUUGUGCAAGCGAAGGAGAUGAGCUAUUUACUGCGGACAUGGCUUCCUCUGCCACCGCAGCCGCAGCAGCAGGAGCAGCAGCAGCAGCAGCAGCAGGCAGAUGUGGUGCUAGCGGGGCAUCUGUCUCUUCUGUGUCUAAAUGGAGGACAGAAGAAGAACCACAAAACGCGCGUCUCUCUCCCUCUACUGCCGGUGUCCUCUACGACAUAAGACAACUACCAGGGAACAGCAGCUGCCAUACAUUGGCCUUUCGUGCGGUUAACAGCAGAGGAGGAGGCAGCAGCAGUUGGCAGACGGGUGUCUUGCCUCCUUCUUGUGAGGCUUUGCUGCUGCAGCAGCAGCACCUGUCUAUACACCUCGCAGUCCUAGAUGCAUCGCAACCUGCAGGGAAUUUUGUAUUGCCUCUAAGCCAUUCCUCCCCUCUGUUUAGCGACCGAGGCUCCCUGCUGCUGCUGCAGCAACAGCAGCAGCAACAGCAGCAGCACCACGAGGAAGACCACGAGGAGGAUGAAUUAGCACGAGGUUACAGAGGAGGGUACCCUCCUUCUGUUACUAAAAAGGGCGCCACAGGCAGCAGCUCGAAUGGGUGUCUUGUAGUAGUAGGGAGAAGAGCAAAAGGUGACAGUUUAAUAGAGGUCUGCUGUCCCCUUAAUGUUAAGAGUCGCCUACAAGUACCCGUAGAGCUCACCUUCUUGGCAGAAAAAGAUCCUGCUGCGGAUUGGCGUUGUGGUUUAUCUAGUGGUUCUUAUUUAGCUGUACCUUUAUGCGUAAGUUCUUCUUGUGCAUCAAUAGCAGUAAAACUACAAAAGGAGACAGGUGCAGUAUGGACAGGAUCGUCUCCUUUUAAUAUACCAUAUAAUAAAACAUUUAUAUUAUCUGCUGCUGUCUCCUCUUUACGUACUUUUAUUUGUACAUUAAAAACGGAGACACCUAAGGAUUCUAUUGGUAUACAACUUACUCUUAUACAACCAUGUACUAUCUAUAACGCAUUACCCUUCACAGUGGAGGUACAACUGUUGCAGGAGCCUCCUUUACGUGUUAGUGAGUUGCUGCUGUCUCCUGGGACAAGUAAAGGAUUGUGUCUCUUUGAUUAUAGACAUUCAUUGUCUCUUUCUAUUCGUAUAGGGAAGACAAAGACAUGGUCAUUACCUGUCUCCUUUAAGCCUCCUACACAGGCGCAGCACACGCAUGCAGCUGCUGCUGCGAAUGAUCUUAAACAGCAACAGCAAACUUAUACUCCUCCUCCUCCUCCUCCUGAUGAUGGUCGUGGGGGUGGGGGUGGGGGUGGUGGUGUUGCUGCUGUUGCUGCAGCAGCAGAAAAACACCUACUCGCUGCUGCUGAUGCAGCACGCAGUGGUAGCAUGCAUAAACUACAUGCUGCUGCUGCUGCUGCUGAAGAGGGACAGCGCCUACUACGCCUUGGCAACAGCAGCAGCAACACCGAAGACGAAGGACAUCACCAUCAGCAGCAGCAGCAGGCUGCUGCUGCUGGAGGUGAGGCGUCCAACGGUCUAGUCCCUCGGACGGGCCGUCAAGGACACGGCAGCAGCAGCAACAGCAGCAGCAUGGACGCUGUGGGUUGGGAGGGGACAGGAGAUGCUGCUGCUGCUGGCGUGGAGGCGUGGCAGUCCCCGUGGUCGAUGUCUUUUGUCGUCAACUGCCCGAUGCAGAAGGAGCAGCAGGACGAGGACGAGGAGCAGCAGCAGCAGGAGCAGCAGCAGCUGGAGGUGCUUGUGGAGGCCUUCUUUGAUGGUACUUCCUUAAGCAUUUGCUGCUGCUGUCCUUUUUGGCUGCUUAACUUAACGCAGCUGCCGCUGCAGUAUAGGCCUACCCUUGCCCCGUCAGCAACAGAUCCUAUAUCCUUGCAGCCAAUAGACCUCCCUCCUUGCAGCAGCAGCAGCAACAGCAGCAGCAGCAGCGGGAGCGGGAGGAGACAGCUGAGGAAAGGGAAACCUUGGCAAGGGUCUCCUGUAUUGUGUUGUCUCUCUCAUAUCUCAUUUGCUCUAAGACUGCAUGGCAGUCGUCGCUUUACUCCCGAAGUAACGCUGCAGCCUGCUGCAGCAGCAGCAGCUGCUGCUGCAGCAGCAGCAGCAGCUGCGUCUCCUGAUUGGUCUACUACUGCGUCUGGGACUUCCAGUGUUGCUGCAGCUGCUGCGGCGGCUCCUUUUGCCGCUGCACUCGCCGCUGCGGCUGCCGCUGCUGACUGUUCAGGAACAUCUGCAGCAGCAGCAGCAGCAGCAGCAGCAGCAGGAAAAGAAGAAACUCUUGCCCCUCCUGUGUCUGUACAACUUAGUCAAGGUCUCCAACUUCUUAUUCAAUUUAAAAGAUUAAAUUGUCUCUUUGGUGGAUCAACGCUGAUCGUCUUCAAACCCAAAAUGAUAACAUUAAACAAUUGUCCUUUCCCGUUGCAGUUAAAGGCCUUCGGGUGUACAGACACCACAGCUGUCUUCCUUGCCCCUCGCGAGACACUUGAGCCAACUCCCUCCUUUAAUUCUGUGCAGCUGCAGCUCCGUCGUGUAGGGCCCCAUACCAGCAGCAGCAACACCACCAGCAGCAGCAGCAGCAGACUUAAGGGACAGAAGGAGACACUCGCUCCGCAGCUAAGGCGGCAAAUGCAGCAGGCCUGUGAAUGGUCGGUCCCCAUUAAUGUCCUCAAGUGCAUCGACGAGCAGCUGGCGUUGCACUGCUGCCUCCCUCACAGCAGCAGCAGCAGCAACAGCAGCAGCAGCAGCCAAGUUUCAGCAGGGGUUAUGCCUCGUGUAGACAUUAUCCAGGUUCGUGCAACGGAAGAGGAUGGGGUUCGUUUUAUUGUCCUUUCUGCCCCUUUCGCUACCCGCAGCAACAGCAGCAGCAGCAGCAUAAGCAGCAGCAGCAGCACGCAUAGGAGUAGCAGCAGGAACCUGCCGUGUUGCAGUAAUUGCUGCUGCUGGCGUGAAGAAAGUGUUUGGUGCCGCAGCAUCCCUGCUGUAGUGUCUGCUGCUCCUCGUGUCUUUGUGGUAAAUGAGCUGCUGCUAUCUCUCUUCCUGCAGCAGCAAGGGCAGCAGUGCUGCUCUCUUGUGUCUCCAAGGACGCAUGCGCCUUUAGCCUUAGACGAUCCUUGGGGAGAGCGCUCAUUUAAGGUUGCUGCGUGCAGGUGGAUGCAGCAGCAGCAGCAGCAACCGCAGCACGGGAAGCAGCAGCGGCGACGGCGGGGAAAGCGGCAGCAGCAGCUGCUGCUGCAGGAAGCGGAGGGGCAGCCGCUGCACUUGCUUGAUGUAUCAUUGGUAGAGGAAGGAGACAUUACCUUCUCUUUCCUUGUUGCUGUACGUACUGCUGCAAAUGAUCAGCAGCAACAGCAGCAACAGCAACAGCAACAGCAGCAGCAGCAAAGCACCGUCGGCAGCGAAUAUAACACCCAUCAGCCAGUUGCUGAUGACCCUACUGCUGCUGAUGCUGCUGCACCUGCAACGCCUGUUCUGGGUACUGAAGCAGCAGCAGACACAGCAGCAGACACAGCAGCAGAAGCAGCGGCAGAAGUAGUAGCAACAGGAGGGACUGCAGAGCAAGCCCCCAAUGCUGUGGCUGCAACCGAAGGGGAUGAAGACACAGCUUCCACCCCACCGCCUGCUGCUGCUGCAGCAACAGCAGCAACACCAGCAGCAGCAGCAACAGCAGGACGGCAGCGUUCUGGCACUUCUUUUGUUGAAGACAGCAGAGGUAAACAGACACAUCAGCAGCAACAAUAA